UCGCUUGUUUUUUUGAAAUCCGUUACUAGUGUUGUUGUGUUUAUCUGUUGGAGUCUGAGCUGGUAGACGAUUGUGUCUCGUCGUCGUGUCCCAGGUAAAUAUCUGAGCUGUUGAGGUAACAAUGUCAUCAGGUGAGAGUUUAAAAAAAGUCGAUCAUCGAGCGACUAACUGCUGCUGCCGAAGAAAUAUUCAAACUCUUUGAAAGAACUGUCGUCCAGUACGAGGAAGAGAUCGAUCGUCAUCGCAGACUGCUGGAUAUCACCAGGAAACCCGAGAUAAAGUUAAACAGAAUAGAUAAAUAUUUGAGGUGUUGAAGUCAUGCUGUCGUCAGCUGAGAGUUUGAAAGAGUUGAUGACCGAACGACUAACUGUCAUCCAGUACGAGGAAGAGGCUGGAGACUCAACAGAAAAUUACACAACUAGAAUGUUCUGAAUGACCUAAUGGAUGGAUGGAAACAAAUAGUAUGGAGCAGGCACAGAAGAAAGUGACUCGGCUAGAAGACGUCCCACAGCAACAUGUCUGCACAUAGGAGGAGGUUCUUACUGAGCAGCAGCUCUGUAACCAGGAGAGGAACUCCAGUCUGGACCAGGAGGAACCAGAACCUCCACAGAUUAUAGAAGAACAGUAGGAACCAGAACCUCCACAGAUUAAAGAGGAAGAGGAGGAACUCUGCAGCAGUCAGCAGGAAGAACAUCUUGUACUGAAACAGGAGACUGAUUCCUUGAUGGAGACUCCUUCUGAUGAGGAAAGUGAGCACAGUGACCAGCUCCUCUCUCGCACCUCUUCUGUAGCUGAGAGCCCAGAUAAGAGAGUAAGCAAUCAUGUAGACUCAAGAUCGACUGGAAAUUCAGAGCUGAAUCCAAAGAAGAGACGUCAUAGAGACACAAGCCACAGUAACAAUGUAGACAACGCUCCCAUGUCACAGAGUCAGUGUGAUACUGACACAGAUAAAAAGUAUAUAACAUGUGAUGUCUGUGGAAAAGCCUUUAAGAACAAGUAUGGAAUGAAGAGACAUUACAGAAUCCACACAGCUGAGACACCGUAUCAUUGCAAUACAUGUGGUAAAAGUUUCUUGAAGAGAAGUGAUUUGAUUUUACACAGCAGUAUUCACUCAGCUGAGAAGUCGUUCUCUUGCAAGACAUGUGGGAAACGUUUCAGUAGAAAUAGUAGUUUGACUGCGCACAUGAGGACUCACACAGGUGAGAAGCCGUAUGGUUGUGACACAUGUGGUACAACCUUCACUGGCAGAAGUUCCUUAUGGACCCACAAGAAGGUUCACACAGGUGAGAAGCCAUCCUCUUGCAAGACAUGUGGGAAACGUUUCAGUAGAAAUAGUAGUUUGACUGCACACAUGAGGACGCACACAGGUGAGAAGCCGUACUGGUGUGUCACAUGUGGUAAAACCUUCACUCGAAUAAGUUCUUUAAGGAACCACAAGAGGAUUCACACAGGUGAGAAGCCAUACUGGUGUGUCACAUGUGGUAAAACCUUCACUCGAUUGAGUUCUUUAAGGAACCACAAGAGGAUUCACACAGGUGAGAAGCCGUACUGGUGUGUCAUAUGUGGUAAAACCUUCACUCGAAGCAGUUCUUUAACGAACCACAUGAGGAUUCACACACGUUAGAAGUUGUCGUCCUGACAACUCACUGACUAAAUAUUCUCUGAGAAAAGUUGAAAUAAAUUCUCAUUUCAGAUACAACAUCCUGCAAAAACAAGCCACUCACCUUAAACAUUAAAAUAUCAAACUUGGACAUUGAACAGAUGGAAGGAGACAUCUCCAUCUCCCUGGGACGACCAUCUAACGGACUUUUGAGUUUACAACAGGAUUUGGAGAGAACCACUUUAAGACCACCUUAGUUUGUUAACCUAAAGGUUGUGCAGGGCUAAAGGACAAAGAGUGUAUUAAUGGUUUUCAUCGUUAGUAAUUAGCCAUUUUUCUGAGUUUCUGAGAUCAUUUAUAUUUCUACAUAAAUGAGUUGAGAGUUGAUCUUAUAGUUCUCUGAGUUACUAAAGUUGCACGUUACAGUUGGGAAGUACAUUAUCUACAGAAGGUAUUUGAAAUACGGCCAUCUCGUGGUCAUAGUCUGGAACUGAGGUACUGCAUUGUAAAUGGCUUGAAACGAGUGCUGUUUAUGUGAUUAUAAAAACUUACUCACUGUCCAAAUAAACCUAAAUAAAUUGGUA